AUGAAGGCUUUCCUCCUGGUAUCUGCUUUUUUCUUCCUCUGGGAUCCAGGGCUGACAGGUUUGAAUCCAUUCUCAUCAGAGAUUUACAAGCAAUGUUAUAAAAAUGGAACCUGCAGGCUGGAGUGCUAUGGCAGUGAGAUGCUGGUUGCCUACUGCAUGUACCAGCUGGAGUGCUGUGUCACCGGAGACCCUGGGCCCUGACUCACGGGGGCAGU